AUGGAUGCAAUUACAAUCUCCCCAACCACGCUAGCUGCUAUCCAAGCUCAACUUGCCCGAGUCCACGCUGUUACCGCCUCUCCCCACCGCGUUAAAGUCAACUCAAAGCAUUCCCUCAUAAAGGAACUCUACCAUGCGCUUGAGUGUUGCCAAGUGAACUUAGUGAAAAUACUGACUCAAUUGAAACGGGCCCGCCUGAAACUUGACGACGAUGCCGAUACGACGGUGGUGGAAACUGCCGUCGAUAUCCCCGAAACCUAUAAACGCGAUGUUGAUAUCGUCCUCCAUUACAAUAAGCUUAAUCUGAUCUUACACCAACUGGCACUGGUGACGUGGACUCAAGUAUUUGGCUAUUUGGAUUAUCAGGUCCGCAAACUGCCCCUGUGGUGGCAAGUUCGGGUACUCCUUCCUGACACUAUUUCCAAGAGUAGUAGUACCGAAUUUGAUCCCCCGUGUCGCCAGAUCCCUGAGUUUGUGGCUAUUGGUGCUAGCAAAGGGAAUCGUGAUUUGCUUAGAGCCCUGGCUACUUUGUGGAAGUGUACUGUCGCCAUCCUUUGCCAUGUUCUCGCUAAGGGAAGCCACUUAUAUGGAGGUAAUGACCUCCACGUGUUCCUGUUGCUCUGUGGUUUAGUCCGUGAACUGGUAGUAGUGCUGCCCCUUGAUUUAAACCAGGCGAUGCACGAAAUGGUGAAGCUUGUGGCGGUGGUGGUACAUGAUUACCUUGAAGUGUGUCGCCACCAAGCCGAAAUUGAGGCAAAAUAG